AUGAAGACCGCCCAGCUGUGGAACAAGUCCAAGGAUGACCUCGCGGCCCAGCUCACCGACCUCAAGUCGGAGUUGAUCCAGCUCAGGACUGCCAAGGUCACCGGAGGUUCCAACACCAAGCUCACCCGCAUUCAUGACGUCCGCAAGGGUAUCGCCAAGGUUCUCACCGUCAUCAACGCCAACCAGAGGGCCCAGCUCAGGCUUUUCUACAAGGGAAAGAAGUACACUCCUCUCGACCUCCGCCCCAAGCAGACCCGCGCCAUCCGCCGAAGACUCACCAAGCACGAGGCUUCGCUCGUCACCGAGAAGCAGAAGAAGAGGCUGACACACUUCCCCCAGCGAAAGUACGCCGUCAAGGCAUAAGCGUGCUUUUGCGAAGGUGUUUCUCUUUUCUUCCUUUGUCUCUCAUGAAGCAUUGCAUUGCCAGGGCUUUUCCAGCUAGCGAAUCACCAGUGUACCCUUAGUACCAUAACUCGAAAGGGACGAGGAAGGUGGUGUAGCAGGUGGGAAUGGACGGACAGGGCGAUCUUUAACGGAAAUGGGUUGGCGUCCAUGUCAAGAUCUAUGAAUAAAAAGUUCAGACAAGCACGGAAAUGAUACCUCAUGAUUUGUGAAGG